AUGGCAUCGCUAAUACUUCUGAUUACAAGUGGGUUGAGCGUCCUCGUUGCCUUUAUUGCCGUGUCCUUUCCACAGACCUUUGUCCUGCUUGCUGUAUCGUUUAGUCUACCGUUCGUCAUAUAUGGUAUUAUUUCUCUAGUAGAGCUUGUUAUACUUAAUACCAAGCGUGGCUGGACGCAGGACCAGCAGCAUAGACACAGAGAAGCACAUUCUAGAGUUGUGACAAUCAGUCGUGCACUCUACGAGCAGCUGGAUGGCGAUAUGCUCCAGCUGCUCAUGAGCAAUCGUGACUUUGUUGGCAACGAUGACGAGCGCCUCAUGAGACGAUAUGGACGCCGAAACGAGGGUGCAACACCGCAGCAGAUUCAGCAGUUGCCUACUGUCACGGUGACAAAAGGCAUGCUACAGACAUCCGAAAAUGCAAACUGCAUCGUUUGUCUGCGGGCUUUUCAGGUAGACGACCGCGUGCGGAUAAUGCCGUGCUUCCACCGCUUCCAUCUAGAAUGUAUCGAUCCCUGGCUCAAGGAGAAAGCGUCUUGUCCAAUUUGCAAGUUUUCUACUAUUACCUGA